GGUCCCGGGCAUCCUCCCCCUCUUGACGCGCUCAAGGGCAAAUGGAGGUGCGCAGCAUCCUCUGAGCCUGGACUUUUCCUCUGCUGCUGAACACGGAAACGGUCCUCAUGAAAAAGGAGGAAAUCAUCAUCGCACUUGGGGCUAAGACAACAUGUCAAGCCUAAAUCAAUGAAGAAAUAGGGUCAAAAGUUUUUGGGAUGAUAAUUUUUGCAACAUGCACUUUAUCACGUUGUUGAUGGGACUUUGGGAUCUUAAGCAAGCAAAAUGAACUGUGGAAAGACGACAUGGAUUUCACACGGAGGGUCUGUUUUCUCCUUCUAUAUCCCGGAUACAAAGCUGUUAAUCCCAGUAUUUCAUCUGUGAGCUAAUUCUAGCACAGGGGAAUCAGGAUGAAAAGAUGGCCAUUCUGUUACCAACGGGUCAUGAUGCCUUGCGGCAGUUUACUCGUGAAUCCUUGGCUGCCAUGGAACAGCGGAUCUUGCAGGAGCAGGCCAGGAAGGCCAAGCUCUGUGCAGAGGCCCAGAAAAAUACAGAGCCCCCCAAACCCAGGGCUGACCUGGAGGCGGGCAAACAGCUGCCCCGCAUCUAUGGGGACAUACCCUCAGACCUCAUCGGAGUGCCACUGGAGGAUAUCGACCCAUACUACAAGAACCAGAAGACAUUUAUAGUACUUAACAAAGGAAAGGCCAUCUUCAGAUUUAGUGCCACGUCUGCUAUUUAUUUAUUAAGUCCUUUUCACUGCUUGAGGUCCCUUGCUAUCAAAGUGUUAGUCCAUUCGUUCAUUAUGUGCACUAUCCUGACCAACUGUUUCUUCAUGGCCAUGUCCGAUCCACCUACAUGGACCAAGUACCUGGAGUAUACCUUCACUGGCAUUUACACAUUUGAGUCAGCAAUAAAAAUAUUUGCAAGAGGCUUUUGUUUAGUGCCGUUCACUUUUCUCAGAGACCCUUGGAACUGGCUUGAUUUCAUUGUGAUUGUCAUGGCGUAUGUUACAGAAUUUAUUGAUCUUGGAAACGUCUCAGCUUUAAGAACUUUUCGAGUCCUACGAGCCCUAAAAACCAUCUCAGUGAUUCCUGGUCUGAAGACGAUUGUUGGUGCUCUGAUCCAGUCAGUGAAGAAACUGGCUGAUGUGAUGAUCCUGACCGUGUUCUGCCUGAGUGUCUUUGCUCUGAUUGGACUGCAGCUCUUCAUGGGCCUCCUGCGGCAGAAGUGCAUCCGCAGCCUCCAACACUGCGGCAACUCCUCCUUCAGCUCCAACACUACCUUUGUCUGCAACAACAAAACCUGGGCCUCACCUGAAGACUUCCUCACCAGUGAAGAAAAUUUCUACAAAGUUGAAGGAGCAAAGGAUGCCUUAAUUUGUGGAUAUGGAAGUGAUGCAGGGAAGUGUCCAGAUGGAUAUGACUGUCUGAAGAUUGGAAGAAACCCAAACUAUGGCUACACAAGUUUUGAUACAUUUGGUUGGGCUUUUCUGGCUCUUUUCAGGCUCAUGACUCAAGACUACUGGGAAAAACUCUUCCACCAGACCCUGCGCUCUGCGGGGAAGACUUACAUGAUCUUCUUUGUGCUGGUGAUCUUCAUGGGCUCCUUCUACCUGGUCAACCUGAUCUUAGCUGUUGUGGCUAUGGCUUAUGAGGAGCAGAAUCAGGCCACCAUCGCAGAGGCUUGGCAGAAGGAGAGGGAGUUUCAACUAGCCAUGGAGCACCUACGCAGAGAGCAAAGAUUGGCAGCAAAAAGACAGGCCCAGGAGGCACAGGCCAUGGUGUCUCCAGAGUUGUCUCCUUACUCUGUGAAAAUGGGCAUCAUACGCCGCUGCAGCACACGGCGGAGGAGGUCCUAUCGGACUUUAUCUGAGGAAGUGGGAGAGGACACUACAGAAGACAAGCUAGACCCGCCAGAUGAGCUCAUGGCUCCACUGUCCCCGAUGCCAGCCCAUCCUCUGCUGGCUACACUGUCCUCUCAUCCCCUCAGCACCAGGCGAAGCAGCCAGGUCAGCAUCUUCAGUGCAUUCAGAGCUCGCAACAAUUCAGAAGCCGAUGGAGACGAUGAGCACAGUAAUCAUGGAGACUUCAGGAGUAGAACCAACUCCAGCGCCACGCCAUGGAAACGAAGGGCCAGCAGUGUGAGAAGUCAUGGGUCCCAGGUCUUUACACCCACUCUCAAUUUGAAUGGGCGACUAAAUAUCUCCCUCGACCAGAAUGGAGCCACCGGACUUCAAAGCCCCAAGUCCAUCUCGGCUUUUAGCAUGGAGAGGAUCAAGGAAGACGCAAAGCCUAAAUGCACAGAGGAGACUAUAGCCAGAGCACUCCAGCCCUCGCCCGCCAUGGCAGAGCCCCCACGAGUGCCCAGGAAGAGAGGGCUCAGCUCUGUCAGCUUCUUUAGUGACGUCAUGGACGAGCUUGAAGAGUCUCGUCAGAAGUGCCAUCCCCGCUGGUAUGUAUUUGCUAAAAAAUACCUUAUCUGGGAGUGCUGCCCCUGGUGGUUGAAGAUAAAGCAGUGCGUGAAGCUGAUGGUGAUGGACCCUUUCUUGGACCUGGGCAUUACCAUCUGUAUCGUCCUCAACACUUUGUUCAUGGCACUGGAGCACUACCCCAUGACUGAGGAGUUCAACACUAUGCUGUCUGUGGGAAACCUGGUGUUCACAACCAUCUUUACAGCAGAGAUGGUGCUAAAGCUGAUUGCACUGGACCCUUACUACUACUUUCAACAGGGCUGGAAUAUUUUCGAUGGGAUCAUUGUAUGCCUCAGUCUGAUGGAGCUGGGACUGUCCAAUGUAGAAGGGUUGUCUGUGCUGCGCUCCUUUAGAUUGUUACGUGUCUUCAAGCUGGCGAAGUCCUGGCCCACCCUGAACACUCUCAUUAAGAUCAUUGGGAACUCUGUGGGCGCUUUGGGGAACCUGACUUUGGUACUGGCCAUCAUCGUCUUUAUCUUCGCAGUGGUGGGGAUGCAGCUUUUUGGGAAGAACUACCAGGACUGUGUGUGUAAAAUCUCCUUUGACUGUCAGUUACCCCGCUGGCACAUGAAGGACUUUUUCCACUCCUUCCUCAUUGUGUUUCGGGUGCUGUGUGGAGAGUGGAUUGAGACCAUGUGGGACUGUAUGGAGGUGGCAGGACAGCCCCUCUGCAUCCUGGUCUUCAUGUUGGUCAUGGUCAUUGGAAACCUGGUGGUUCUGAAUCUUUUCCUGGCCCUGUUGCUCAGCUCAUUCAGCUCAGAUAACCUCUCGGCCCCGGACGAAGACGGAGACUUGAACAAUAUUCAACUGGCCAUCGCCCGCAUCCACAGCGGAGUCACCUGGCUCUUCAGGAGUCUGCUGAACCUGCGCAACCGUGGAUUAAAAGGCACUAAAACCAAGGAAACCUGCUCAGGGAACAAACUGGUUGGGAAUCACUUGGAUUGUAAUGGGGGAGUCAUCAGUCGGUUUGGAGAGAAGUAUAUAAUCACAGAGGAGGACAGUUACAUGACCAACCCAAACCUGACCAUUGUGGUCCCGAUAGCUCCUGGAGAGUCUGACGGGGAGCUGGAGGAAGAGGACAUCACUGACUCCUCAGAAGAUGAAGAAAACAAACUGGAAAAGAUCAGCCUGUCUGAAGGCAGCACAGUGGACUUGAGAAAACCUGGAGAAGAGCAGGACAACUUGUCAGAGCUUGGAGAGGACAGUAUGGACCCAGAGGAGUGUUUUCCUGAAGUAUGUGUCCGUCACUGUGAGUGCUGCCGUAUUGACGUAACUCGAGGCCUGGCUCAGGUGUGGUGGCGCCUGAGGAAAACCUGUUACCAAAUUGUGGAGCACAGCUGGUUUGAGACAUUUAUCAUCUUCAUGAUUCUUCUGAGCAGUGGGGCCUUGGCUUUUGAAGACAUCUACAUCGAGCAGAGAAAGGUUGUAAAAGUUGUGCUGGAAUACGCAGACAAGGUGUUCUCUUAUAUCUUUGUGCUGGAGAUGUUCCUCAAAUGGAUCGCUUACGGCUUCAAGAAAUACUUCACCAACUACUGGUGUUGGCUGGACUUUCUCAUUGUGGAUGUGUCUCUGAUAAGCCUCGUGGCCAAUUCUCUGGGAUAUUCAGACUUUGCUGCCAUCAAGUCUCUAAGGACACUUCGAGCUUUGAGACCGCUAAGGGCACUGUCCAGAUUUGAGGGAAUGAGAGUGGUUGUGAAUGCUCUCAUUGGUGCCAUCCCCUCCAUCAUGAAUGUGCUGCUGGUGUGUCUCAUCUUCUGGCUCAUCUUCAGCAUUAUGGGUGUUAACCUUUUCGCAGGAAAGUUUGGCAAAUGUGUGAACAGAACAGGCUUCACCCACAGCCUCACUUUGGUCAACAACAAGUCACAGUGCAUCUCCAUCAAUGACACACAGUUUUACUGGACCACAGUUAAAGUCAACUUUGACAAUGUGGGGCUUGGAUAUCUCUCACUUCUACAAGUGGCUACAUUCAAAGGGUGGAUGGAAAUCAUGUAUGCAGCUGUUGACUCCAGAGGAGUGGAGGAGCAACCAGUCAGAGAGAUCAACCUCUACAUGUACUUGUACUUUGUUGUCUUUAUAGUUUUUGGCUCUUUCUUCACCCUUAAUCUCUUCAUUGGUGUCAUUAUUGACAACUUCAACCAACAGAAACGAAAGAUAAGUGGGCAGGAUAUCUUUAUGACUGAAGAACAGAAGAAGUACUAUAAUGCAAUGAAGAAACUGGGAUCUAAGAAGCCACAAAAACCAAUACCAAGACCUGCGAACAUUGUCCAGGGCUUCUUCUUUGACCUAGUGUCCAAACAAGCCUUUGACAUAAUGAUCAUGAUGCUGAUUAUCGUGAACAUGGUGACGAUGAUGGUGGAGACGGAUGAACAGUCACAGCGCACAGAGUCCAUCCUUAACAACAUCAAUCUGGUCUUCAUCGUCAUCUUCACCUCUGAAUGUCUUCUCAAGAUCUUUGCCCUCCGAUGUUACUUUUUCACUGUGGCAUGGAACAUCUUUGACUUUGUGGUCAUUAUUCUCUCUAUUGUUGGCAUUGUUCUGGCAGACAUUAUUGAGAAGUAUUUUGUUUCCCCAACGUUAUUUCGAGUCAUCAGAUUGGCCCGGAUUGGCCGUGUUCUCCGUCUCAUACGCGCAGCCAAAGGAAUAAGGACUUUACUAUUUGCCUUAAUGAUGUCUAUGCCUGCACUCUUCAACAUCGGCCUCCUGCUUUUCCUUGUUAUGUUCAUUUAUGCGAUUUUCGGUAUGGCAAACUUUGCAUAUGUGAAAAAACAAGACGGGAUUGAUGACAUGUUCAACUUUGAAACUUUUGGGAAUAGUAUGAUUUGCCUGUUCCAGAUCAGUACCUCUGCAGGCUGGGACAACCUGCUCAGCCCCAUCUUGGCCAGCUUACCUGAUGAGUGUGAUGUGACCUUUGUGAACACUGGCACCAACACGAAGGGGAAUUGUGGGAGCCCAUCAGUGGGCAUUGCUUUCUUUGUCAGCUACAUCAUCAUUUCUUUUCUCAUUGUGGUCAACAUGUACAUAGCCAUCAUUCUGGAAAACUUCAGUGUUGCGACAGAGGAGAGUACUGAGCCCCUCAGUGAGGAUGACUUUGAGAUGUUUUAUGAGGUUUGGGAAAAGUUUGAUUCUGAAGCAUCACAAUUCAUUGAGUUUUCAAAGUUAUCAAACUUUGCAGACAGUUUGUCAGAACCACUGCGCAUAGCUAAGCCCAACAGGAUCAAACUGAUUGCCAUGGACCUCCCUAUGGUCAGUGGUGACCGCAUUCACUGCCUGGACAUCUUGUUUGCCUUCACAAAACGUGUUCUGGGGGAGUCAGGUGAAAUGGAUGCUCUUAAACAACAGAUGGAGGAGAAAUUCAUGGCAACAAACCCCUCCAAAAUUUCCCAUGAACCGAUUACUUCAACUCUGCGACGCAAAAUGGAGGAGGUCUCUGCUAUUGUCAUCCAAAGAUGUUACAGGAGACAUUUGGUGCAGCGGCAGAUGAAGCAGGCAUCCUACCUCUACAGACAAAUCAACUAUGAGACUGUGGUGGACCUGGAGAAUGCCCCAGAAACACAGGGACUAAUCGCAUCAAUGAUCCACCACUAUGGGCCUGUCCCAUUAGAGGAUACAGAAAGAGAGACUACAAUGUCCUCUCCACCCUCCUACAACAGUGUGACUAGAUCAGACUCUCAAACUGAGCAUGAAGGCUAUGAGGAAACAUUUCUCUAAAAUUCAGAGGCCAUAAAAAUCAUUUAGUUUUUUCUACUUUUUUAAAAUGACAUUCAUAUGUACCAGUGGUCAAAGUUUUAAAGUGAGGACAGUGCAAAAACAAGUUAGAGAAAAAUAUUGUCACUAUAAUAAAAAUAAGCAUUUGUAAAAUGCACAUGAAGUGGCCAAAAUUUGGUGUAGCUAUUAAAAAACUAAAGAGAAACUUUUUAAACUUAAAAAUUUUCACAAUUAGCACGAAGCUAAAUUAUUUUGCUUGUUAAGCAGAUUUAAGUGAUUCAAUUACAUAAUUACUUGGGAAUUAUUUAGAAGCAAAUAAAAACAAGCCUCCACAAGACCUUUUUUGUUGAGCCAGUGGAACAGAGAAUAGAUUUUAUUGCUCACAACAAAUUACUAUUAAAAAUGAUCCUCUAUAAAUGUAAUUUACUACUGCUAUAACUAUAAGUAUGUCAAUUAUGUGCCUGAUUUUUAUUGUAGUCCGCACAGUCUGAAACUUUUUAACCGGUUAGAAAAGCAAAUGUGCACUUACUGUGCAAAAACCUCAGAGCUCAUUUUGUAAUU